AUGGCGGCGCAGGUGCCCGCCCGUGGCCUGCAGCGGCAGAGCGCCGGGGGCGACGCGGCGGCGCGCCGUCGCGGCGGCGCCCGGGCGCGUCCCGCCGAGGCCGGCGUGCUCACCUAUCGCUACGAGGACCGCGGUGCCGAGCGCACGGCCAGCUUCCCAGCGGACCCGAGGGAGGACGUCUCUGGCGCCGUCGCCUCGGCUUCGUCCGGGCCCCUGAGGGACUACCAGGACAAGCUCAAGGCGAUAACGCUCCGUGAGCGGGGGAUGGAGAAGGCCGAGAUAGCCGCCAAGCUCGGGCGUUCGGAGCACUGGGUGAAGAGGUGGUGGCGCGAGCACCCCGCCACGCUCGAGCGCCCCGCUGGGGCCAGGGACGUCGUCCUCCAGAAAGCCGGCCUGCACUCUUUCCGCGAUCUCGACAUCCGCCGGAGGUUCACGGAGGACGCCUCCCUCUUCGAGACUCUGAAGGAGCAGGUGGUCUGGAGGCAGGCCAAGGUCGUGAGCCGCGACCAGAACACGGGCGAGCUGGCCCUGCGCUACGACGAGAGGGGGCGCAGCAUCCGCGCCGGGCGCCAGGUGUCCGACUACACCGGCGGCCUCGAUGUUCUGGACAAGCUCCUGCAGAGGGUCUUCUCCGUGAUGGACAUCCGCGACACGCAGGCUCGGAUCUUCAUGAACUACUACGCAGACGGCCAAGAGAGGACCGGCGUCCACAGGCACGACUUCUGGACCUGCUUGCUGUCGUUCGGGGCCAACCGCAUCCUCACGGUCGACGGCCGACCCAUGCUGCUCCGCGACGGGGACCUCGUCGUCUUCGGGACGCAGAACCACGGCGUGCCUGUGAUGCCGGAGAUCACCAGCGGGCGCAUAUCUCUUGUAAUUUUCUUCUACCCGGACUCGGACAACCUGGAGCGCCAGUGGAAGACGAUCACAGACGAUGGGGAGCAGGAUGAGGAGGUUCCCCGCGCAACAGGUCCGGCUCCUCAGCUGCACGUCGGCGUGGACCGCAACUUCAACGCGGCCCUGCUCUGGAGCGGCACGCCGGCGGCGCCGGGGCGGGGCGGCUGCUGCGAGGGCCACGCGCCGGGCGGUGGGGGCUCCGCGGAGGUCGCGGCGCUGGCGGAGGCGCUGGACCCAGGCACGCGGCGCCGCAGCCUGCUGAAGAGCCCCAACUCGAGCCUCCAGUUCGAGGACGGCGGCGGCAGCGCGUCGCGGAGCGGGCCCGCGGCGGCCGCGGUGCCGACCGUGCUCUCGGCGUGCUGCGACGAGGGCGCCUCGGACGCCAGGGCCGCCGAGAAGCAGCUCUUCGGCCAGCUCGAGCGCCACGGGGCGCGGACCCUCUGGGACCUGCGCGCGCGGCCGCCGAGGGGCAGCUGGAGCGAGCCCGAGUCGCCGGGGGCGCCGCCGGCCACGCGCGCAGCGAGGAGGGCCAGGACGUGCUGCGGAGGCUGCUGGCCGCCGCGGAGAGGGAGCCCGCCGCCUUCCUGGCCGGGCCCGGGGACGCCGACUUCCGGCGCCCGGGCACGCUGCGGGCGGAGGUGGCGGCGUGCCUGGCGAGCGGCCAGCUCGGCCAGGCCGUCCUCGUCCAGCACGUGA